AUGAACGAACGCGCCCAAAAGCUUGGCCUUAUCAAGCUCCAAGGCACCGGCGCCAGAGCCUGCAUGCAUCCCGGCGUGCUGGGUUACUGGAAACAGCUCCUCAACCGCCGCCUCGCAUGGAUCCGCCACCAUCGCGACAAUCCGCAUAUCAACCCGGACGUCGACACGAAUAAACUGAUCAGUGACGUCGACGGGCUGCCUACUUGCGCAAACCUCCCCCUCGAGCCGGACGCCUUCGAGCCGCUUCCGCACUGCGAUAAAGACUCCAAUACCAUCGAGAUGAGAUUGCUCUUUGAGCCUGCCAACCGCGCCUGGGCAGGAGAGCACGUCGCCCCGAAGCACUUCAUCGACAGGGUCACUCAUAUCCUGCAAGAGAGACCGGCGACGACGCACUUCGCCUGGAGCCGUGUCUUUGACUGGCUUUACACCUUGGACUUGAAUAGAGACAUCAAGACUCUUGAUCUGAUGGAGCAGAUCAUAAAGGCAAGAGGGAUGUACGCCCGGGACCUCGCACAGCUUCAGCAUUUUGCCGACAAUCCGCACACUAUCACGCAGCGACGCGACUCGUUGUGCAUCAGGACCAUGUGCCGUUUGAUCGGGCUCGACGUCGACGAGAGGUUCGACUGGUUGUAUAAGCCGUUUCUCCACAUGCAGCUCAAGUGUCGCGAGAAGUGGAUUCGGAAUAUUAUUCUGCCAGCGCACGAAGCUCUUGCUGCGCCCAAGCCUGAGGAGAGAGCAGGCAUAGCCGUAUAUGUCGGUGAGUGUGUGGAGGCAUUCCUGAAAGCAGACCACAAUUUGCAUCUAUAUCAACAACUUGAUGACCAGUUGAUUGAUAUGAUGGAUGAGGUCCGCAACUCUAUACCUCCACUGUAG